AUGAGCGCCAAAGGCGUCCUACACGAGGCGUCUCGCCGCACAUCCACGGCCUACAUGGGGUCCAAUCUCGACAUUCUCAAUGCCGUCCAGUAUGACAUUGGCGUGCCGCUGCCCGCCGUGACACGGGCCUCACGCGCCGCAAAGCGGAAGAGGCCAGCCACGACGACCGAUGCCGAAGGGACCCGAGACGCCACAGACAUCGCCGGCGCGCACAGCCCACGGACAAUGUCACACAAUUCUACCGUCGCCGAGCUGCUGUCGGCGGUGGAUGGGGCGCCGCCGUCCAAAGGCGGCCGUAAGCCGACGAACAAGCCUCGGGCCAGCGGAAAAGCCCCGGCCAAGACCACCGCCUCCCCGGCCGAGGCGAUUCUGGACUCGGUGGAAAGCGACGAGGGCGACGUCGAUGGUGAAGAGGCCGACGCGGAAAAGAAGCGUGCACGUGGCCGGCCACGGAUCGACGUCAAGGACGUCACCGCCGCAGAUCGCCGACGUACCCAAAUUCGACUGGCGCAGCGGGCGUACCGCAGCCGCAAAGAAAAGGCCAUUGUGUCUCUGGAAAAGCGCGUCAACGCGCUCAAGGCGGCCAACGAGGCCAUGAGCAACGCCUUUAUGCGCCUGCACGACUUUGCCCUGGGCCGCGGCUUGCUGGACCAGCACCCCGAUCUGGCACAGCACCUGCGCCAGACGACCGAAGUGUUUUUGGAGAUGGCACGGCAGUCGAGUGCCGACGAGGACAUGGACGAUCCCGACGAGGAGGAGGCACACGGCCUCGGCAACACCGGCGGCACCGACAACGGCAGCAAGCCUGCAUCCGACGAUGCGAUGCGGGCGUUUGAGAAGAAGCAAAAGGAAAUUACCGAUGCGGUCCAGAUGUUUGGCUACCAGGCGCAGCAUGAGCCUGUCCACAAAGCCGGGAACGCACACGCGCGCAAUCCUGCACAGGCCGAGGCACCGGCCUUGCUCAGCCAGCAGAUGGUGCUGCCAUCACAAGCGUCGCCCAUUCGAGCGACAGACAGCGUGUCGAACCAGCUGUACGGCGGCAUCCUCAUGGCGCAGGCGAUGAACCUCGACACCGACAGCAAUGUGGGCUCCUUUGACUCACAGCCCGACGACGUGGUGUUUGGGAGCGCCUUCGGCACCAUGAACAUUGUCAACGCGACGGCCAGCACGGAGUCGCUCGACGGCACCGUCCCUGUCGGCUCGUAUUACACCGCCACGGCGACGGCCAGCGGCAACGGAAGCACAUCUACAGGCACGGGCAGCAACAGCAACGACAUGAGCAGCGGCACCGGAUCGGCGCUGUCCGUCUCCCCGGCGUCGGGCCGCAACACGGAUUUUGGCCUCGGCAACGAUUUCACCUUUGACGGACCCGCCUUGUCGCUCUUUGCCAACUAUGCGACGCCGCCGGCUGCUGGUGCAGGGGGUGGCCAAGCACAAGCACAGACGGCGGCCGCGGCGACGUCGGCGAGCGACUUGGGUCCGCACCUCGCCAGCACCGACGCAUUUAUUGCCAGCGCCGCGAUGGGCCGCCCGACGGCCGGGCUGCCGCUGCCGAUGCCGUAUCCGGGGCUCCAGCCGCCCGGCAAGUACCCGCCGGACUUCUCUUUUGGCCUGCGCCUGCGGCGGUACGCCAUUGAGAGCGCGUACCGGCUGAUCAGCACGGCGGAUCCGCCGGUGGACAGCUUUGCGCGGGCCUUUGGCUUCUGCAUCAUGUUUGAGCCCAUCGACACGAUCCGCCGGCGGCUGCAGCGGGGGCUCGAGACGCCGUAUUCGCCGAGCAAGUUUACGCGCUGGGAGCUGCCGUUUGUCAGCCGGUACCCGGACGUGGAAGACGCGGCGGGUGCGCUGGCGGCGGCGGCGGCAUCGCCGGCGUCCCGCAGUAGCAGCGGCAGCAGCAGCAGCACCAACAAGGUGCUGCCCAACAACAGCAACAGCGACCACCGCGGCACGGGGGUGCGGCCGGCGACGCCGCAGAUCCACGUGACGCUACCCGGGUUCGAGGGCGCGUUUUACGACUGCGAAGAGACGGAAAUGUACCUGCAGCAGCGCGGCGUGCACAUCCCGCCCGACUCGAACAGCGUGAUUGUGGAGGUGGACGACGCGGACUUUGCCGUGGACACCGCGACGAUGGCGACCCGUGGCCGCAAGACCAGCGGUGACGACAGGACGUCAGCCAGUACGGCAGUCGGCACGUCAACCGACACGUCCACCAGCGCAUCAGCAAGUACAUCAAAGUCGGCCCGCAACGCCACGAGCACGGCCAGCACGAGCCGGGGCAGCAGUGGCGGCAGCAACAGCAGCAGCAUACCCUCUACGCAGAGCGGCACGGCCCUUGGCAUGUUCAACUACCUGUCGCCGGACCUGAUUAAGCCCAAGACGCGGAACGGGGAUGCCACUGCCGUGGACUGGGGCGGGUCGAGCAGAAGUGGCGUUGCCGGGACCAUUGCUGCCGCCGAUGCUGCUGCCGGUCGUGGAAACGGCAGCAGCAGUAGUAUGGACGAAGAACAGCUAUUCAUGUCGUUUAUGGAGGCGCCGCUGUUCCGCGUGCCGUCGCCGUCGCCGCCGCCCGUCAAUUUCCCGCAGCGGCGUCUUCUGUCGCUGAACGUCGACAAGUUUUUGAGAGAACUCGUCCGACGGGGCACGUGCCUCGGCCAGACGCCUGGCUUCCGGGCGUCGGACGUCAAUGAAGCCUUCUGGAGCGCCACGCGCAGCGCAUCGGCGGUGUAA